GAAAAUUUGUACGUUACAGAAGACAACAUGAGGUUCCUGCUGCCAGGCAAAAUCUACUUUCUGACUUUGCUGUUUCUCUUUUAUCUGCGUGUGGCCCUUGGAGAAAGCGGUUUUGUAGGUGUGGAACAGGGGAAGGCUGAGAAUGGUGUCAAUCAGUCGGUCCCUUCUGAGAACAGCACAAAGGCUUCUCCUACCAUCUCUGCAGCAGCCCUAGGAAAAUCCGGUUCUGUAAGUCUGGAACAGGGGCAGGUGGUGAAUGGUGUCAAUCGGUCGGUCCCCCAUGAGAACAGCACAAAGGCUUCCUCUACCGUCUCUGGAGCAGACUCUUCAAAGACACCUCAGCCUGUUUUAGUAAUCCAGACACCGACUGCUGUGAAAGUGAUGGAAGGUUCUACACAGCGCAUGGAAUGCUGCAUACUCCAGUUUAACUCCCCAAUUUGGUAUAUUUUGUGGUUUAAGAAUGGAACAGAAAGUGCAUUAACUAACUCAAGCCGAAUGUCAAUAAUUACAAGAGAAAAAGAAAGAUGUAGUCAUUUGAUUCUGAGCAAGACUGAGAUAGCAGAUUCUGGAAUCUACAGGUGCAUACUUCAUGACCAUGGAGGUAAUCGCUUUCCCAGUAAUGGAACACAGCUGACCAUUGAUGAUUUAGCCAACUCGAACAGAGAACCCAACAAGCAGCCUGGUACCAGCCUGGGCACCAUUGGAGCCGGGGCUGGAGCUGGAGUUGCCAUCCUCUUGCUGGUGGUGGCCGGUGUCAUUAUCUGGAAGCGCAGAUCCAAAGUAAGCAGAUCAGAGCUAGAAACUUCUCCAGCCAAAGAAAUUGGACUGCAUCCUCCUCUAGUCAGCCAGCCCAGCGAAGUGGCCUACGCCGACCUCCACUUCAACAAAAGGGAAGUGCGACCAGAUGCUGAAGUCAUUUAUGCAGAAGUGAGAACCCCUCAGAAACGGCAAGCCUGCCAAGAUGCCAAGCAGAUGCGACCCACGGGCAACCAGAGGCGAUGAGGCGGAACGGAGCCAGGAGACAGAAGACAAUCCCCUGCAGGCCUUUCCCGGAAGACCGAGCGAGUGAGUCUGCUUUCUGGGAACAGGAGAGCUGCUCUGUCCCGCCCCGCUUCUGCCAGCCACACUGAUGAGCAGCCUGAGCAGCUAAGCUGACUGACCCCUACGGGCUGCGGGGCUGCACUGGCCCUCCGGAUCUCUCCAGUCACCCUCCAUAUCCCACCCCUAAAAAAAACCUUGCAAGAGAAGGGGGAAGAGCACAGAGGGAACUUGAGUCCCUCUGCUGGCGUGUAGAUGGGAUGUCCCCUUGAGCUAACUAAGGAAUGCAUGAACCUAAGAAGAGCUCUGCUGGAUCAGACUAAUAGCCCAUCUUGUUCAGCGUUGUGCUCACACAGUGGCCAACCAGUUCCUCUGGAGGGCCAGCAACAGAGUAUAGAGGCCAAGGCCUUCCC